CCGGCUGGGCUCUACCCCUGAACAAGGCUGAAUUUGCUUCUACGUUUGAUCUUCAAAGAGCAGAGACACACCGCAUAUUUGAAACAUAUCCGUGAUGUUUCACCAAAGCUAUCUAUGAUGCUAUACUCAUUGAGGCGUGGGAUCGCGCCAACUCAUCUGGCAGAUGUAAGCUGUGGGGGCCGUUGGGAUAAUUGAAACGUAAAUAUCAAACUACAAUUGGAAGGCUUUUCUCUCGUCGAAGCUACACAUGUUCAAUUGCGAUCUUUAAGUUAAUUUCACGAUCAUUCAUAUUACCGGGCAUCAAUAUGUGUAAGUGAACACUGCUAAGCUACAUCGCUCCUUGACUGACACCUUCUUAGUGGGCGCUGACAAUAUUAUCGACAUUACAUUUGGGGUUGUAAGCGUCAUUUUGACGGUGAUCAGUAUUUACUUGACGUGCAGACAGCAUACGUCUAGAGGUAAGACAACUCUAGCCGUCUGGUCAAAUCCUACCACAUGCGGUGUCUUGCAUGGCGGCCUCUUCAGGUUCUGUCUGACUAAUCAAUUAUAGAGCCUGAUGUUGAGCACGGCACAGACUUUGAGGUCAAAUCAAUCAUACCCGACCCUGGCACAGCUUCUAUUCCUUUAUACACAAAUGUGCUAUCAUUCCCAGUUGAAUCAGACCAGACGAUCAAAUCGACUGCAAGUUACCAACAACCAGACAGCCUCUCGAACGCGGAUUACUAUGAUAUAUCCUCUGAGGCCUCGCAUACACAGCAUCAAAUUGCCACGUCAAAUUUACAAUCUUCGCCUAAUUUCUCUUCUGGGGCUCCGAAUAUACAAUAUCAGAUUCCCUCGCCGACUGUACAGUGGUGGUCCGACACGCCCGAAGGCAUGACGACGUCAGAGUCUCCAGCUUCUCAUACUCACUACCACCACUCACUUCGGUCUUUUAUUAUAAAGGAGCUUGAGUAAUUUUUGGAUCGAGUAUUUGCUUCAUAUUGGCGACAUUGUUAGCAUUCAAAAUUGUGUUCAGUUGACUUGUGAGGACUUAAGAUAUGCGCUGGCGCAGCAAUUGAGUUUGACAGUAGUAUGGGAUGGAGUUUUUGGUUUCAUUUUCUUUUGUGAUGAUAUUUUUAGAUUCUGCAUUGUCGGCGUAUUAACAAUGGCUUUCCUUUUUGUUCUCGGGAUAAAAGAUCUAAAAAAGGUUGGGGG